AGCAAAAGACCCGUGUUGGUUCUUCAGAAUGACUCUCUCUACUCUCAGAGACGUCCUUACACCAAUGAAGAUGAGGCCUGGAAAACCUUUCUUGAAAAUCCCCUUACAGCAGCUACCAAAGCUAUGAUGAGCAUCAAUGGGGAUGAAGACAGUGCAGCUGCUCUCGGACUGCUGUAUGAUUACUACAAGGUUCCAAGGGAGAGGAGAGCUUCGACAGCUAAACCAGAGGUAGAACAUCCUGAACAAGACCAUAGCAAAAGGAACAGCAUCCCAAAUGUGACAGAACAGUCACUCAUUUCUGCUGGAGAAAACAGAGUCCAGGUUCUGAAAAAUGUGCCUUUCAAUAUUGUCCUUCCACACACCCCCCAGAUGGGCAUGGACAAGCGAGGCCACCUGACAACACCUGACACAACGGUCACCGUCUCGAUUGCCACCAUGCCCACCCAUUCCAUCAAAACGGAGACACAGCCCCACGGCUUCGCAGUGGGCAUCCCACCCAACGUCUACCACCCCGAGCCCCCCGAGCGCGUGGUGGUCUUUGACAGGAACCUCAAUCCCGACCAGUUCAGUUCCAACACCCAGCCUCAGAACUCCCAGCGACGAACGCCAGACUCGACCUUCUCAGAGACUUUCAAGGAGGGUGUGCAAGAGGUUUUCUUUCCUACUGAGCUGAAUCUCCGGAUGGCCAACAUGAAUUCAGAAGAUUAUGUUUUUGACAGCAUUUCUGGGAAUAACUUUGAAUACACUCUGGAAGCCUCCAAGUCCCUCCGACAGAAGCCUGGGGACAGCACAAUGACUUACUUGAAUAAAGGUCAAUUCUACCCGAUCACGCUGAAAGAAGUCAGCAGCAGUGAAGGAAUCCAUCACCCCAUCAGUAAAGUCCGAAGUGUCAUUAUGGUCGUGUUUGCUGAAGACAAAACAAGGGAAGAUCAGCUCAGGCACUGGAAAUACUGGCACUCAAGACAGCACACGGCCAAACAAAGAUGCAUUGACAUAGCUGACUACAAGGAGAGCUUUAACACCAUCAGUAACAUUGAGGAGAUUGCGUACAAUGCCAUAUCCUUCACUUGGGACAUCAACGAGGAAGCAAAGGUUUUCAUUUCUGUGAACUGCCUCAGCACAGACUUUUCCUCUCAGAAGGGAGUUAAAGGCCUGCCCCUGAAUCUUCAGAUUGACACCUACAGCUACAACAACAGGAGUAACAAACCUGUCCACAGAGCCUACUGCCAAAUUAAAGUCUUCUGCGACAAGGGAGCAGAGAGGAAGAUCAGGGAUGAAGAGCGAAAGCAAAGCAAAAGAAAAGUUUCUGAUGUCAAAGUGCCCAUGCUUCCCUCACACAAACGUACAGAUAUCACCAUCUUCAAGCCCUUCAUGGAUCUAGACACUCAGCCUGUCCUUUUCAUUCCUGAUGUUCACUUUGCAAACCUUCAGCGUGGAGCUCAUGUCCUUCCUGUUGCUUCAGAAGAACUGGAGGGUGAAAGCUCCAACCUGAAGAGAGGUGCUUAUAUGGGUGAAGAGGACUUUAUUACUAGUCCGAAUAAGAUGGCCAGAAUAGAAGAGCCAAAACGAGUGUUGCUGUAUGUCCGAAAAGAGUCAGAGGAAGUCUUUGAUGCACUAAUGUUAAAGACACCAUCUUUGAAAGGUCUGAUGGAAGCGAUAUCUGACAAGUAUGAUGUGCCUUUUGAUAAAAUAGGAAAAAUCUUCAAAAAAUGUAAAAAAGGAAUUCUGGUCAAUAUGGAUGAUAACAUUGUGAAACACUAUUCUAAUGAAGAUACCUUCCAGCUGCAGAUUGAGGAAGUUGGAGGAUCUUACAAGCUCACUCUGACAGAGAUCUAA